AUGAAUCACUUAGCGGAAUACUACAGUGAUGAUGAGUCACCAUUUAGAAAAAAUUCCGAGGAGGAACAGAGCCUGAAUAAUAGCGAUAGAGAACAAACAUCAAAUGAAAUAAAUAAGGAGAUUCAGCGAAAAGAGGGACGACGAGAUUCGGAAUACUGGACAGAUGAUGCAGCAAAUGGAAGCUCGUCAUCGAACGCCGACUCGAGUGUCGAAUCAGAAAGUAGAAUGAUUGGAAGCGUUAGUUCAUUACAUCCACCUCCAUUUAAGAAAGCACUGAUAUCAUCUCCAGAACAUUUAGUGCAAAAUAAUUCUGGCGCAGCAGUAUCACCAUCACAGAAUCGAAAUCGACCACUUACUUCGAAAAGCGCACUUUACAUUACACAAAGUCAGACUUCGCUGGUUUCAUAUGGUGAACAGGAAGAUGAGGAGGAUCAGUUCGCUAAAGCUGACCGAAAAGCAGUUGCAAGCAAACAAACAGAAGAGAAAGGAAGUUCGGAAUCAACAAAUCGAGAACCAAAACCACCACCUGGUCAUGAGGACAGUCGUUCACCGGAUGAAAUUGCUGUAGAUAGUGCAGUCGAAGAAGGUUUACGAGAACUUGAAAGGCAACAUAUCGACCAGAAUCUUGAUAGUUUGACACCAAAAUCAGCGGAAGGAAAUGAUAGUCCGCAGAUUCAUGAUGAUCCUGUGGAAAUACGAUUACCACCAUCGCCAGUCACAAAAUGCUCUGCUGAACUUGAGGCAAGAUUUCGAGGAUUUUUUGAAAAAAAAGCACAAGGAGCUGAUUUGAAUGCAUUAAUACAAAAAAGGCGCGAUUUCAAAAACCCAUCAAUGUACGAAAAAUUGAUUGAAAAAUUCGAGGUGGACGAACUGGGUUCAAAUUUCGCACCAUCAGUUUUUGAUCCACACGGUUUCACAAAGGACUGCUUCUAUGACCAGAUUUCAGUACUGCAAAAAGAAGCGAUGGAGAAGUUCAAUGCUACUGUUGAGAAGAAAACAAUGAGUGGAACUGCGUCUGCUAAAGGAACUGAAGCUAAAAGGAAAUCACGUUUUGAAGGUGCCAAAAAGUGA